AUGAGACGCUCCGUGAGAAGGGCGUUUAGGAGCUUUCUUCCCCUCCUCAUUUCUUCUCGCCCAACACCUAGCUCUUCCUUCCAAACUACUUUUACCAGGUUAUCUCUCCUACGACCAUCCUCUUCUACAUCGACCUUCCAACCGCUGGCCGCUGGUAGAGAACCUCGGACGAAAUCGACUUCUACUACUACUACAGAAGAACAACUUAUCAGUAAAGAAGAACAGGCUCGAAUCCUUCGCACGGGUCAAGCCAAACACCGGUUCGAAAAGGCAGUUCGGAGAGAAGAUCGCAUUACUCAUUUAGAGGGAGCUUUAGCAACACUCAGUAAUGCCGAACAAUCCGAAUUGGAAGGAUUGCGGCAAGUGAGAGACACGUUUGAGGAACAGUACAAUCCUGAAUCCUUUUCGGAAGACCAUGUGGAAUUUAAGAAACUUCACAAUCAAGCCUUUGUGGCAUUGACCCAGUAUUGUCAAGACCAACGGCAAGUAAAUGAUGAUACUACUACUGAGCCUGUGAAUGUCUUUUUCUUGGAUGGCCCCGACGGAUGUACGGCGUCGGCAUUGAUCGAUUCUGGCCUAUUAAAUCCUUCCCAAUGUUAUGUGGCCAAUCGUCACUUGUCCACUUGUCAAGCCUUGAGAACGUCCGGUGGAGGAUUGUUGCCCGAGGAAAAUGUCCUUUAUGCGACCGCAGCCGAAGCCUUGACUCCCUCCGAGGAAGACGACAGUCCCUCCUUUUCGGAUAUUCCUUUUUCCGCUUAUUAUUUUGAUGGAUGUGGUGGAUUUGUACCACACAUCAUUGAUAUGAUGACCUCGGCACUGCUACUGCGAGACGACCCAAAACCACCACUUGCCGCAACAACAACAAUCGCCGUGGGAUUCAGUCUCAUGGGGGGAAACAAAAAUGUGAUUGAAAAGGAAUUGGAGGCUUGUCGAGCUCUGGCCGUUAUUGCUCGAACGAGAGGAAUGAGGACACUGCAUGUUUUGGAUGAUCCGGAAAAAUAUGGGAUUCCACCAGACAUUCCCAAAACCGGGGGUGGUACUUUUACCACCUGGAUCCUCUUGGAGCCUGAUAACUAA